AUGCCGAGAUCGUUUUUGGUGAAGAGUAAGAGGGCGGGGCAUCACUCUGCUAGCCCCGCCCACUCCGAACAUUAUCAUCGUGAUGAUCAUCAUGAGGACGGUCUGGAGCCGCUGCCUGGUUCAUCCGGCGAGAAACGGGCGGAGAAGAAGAGCGAAGCACUGCAGCCUACUAGCGGCAGGAGAACUUCACAACAAAACUCCUAUAACGAACAUAACUUGAAGCAGUGUGCUUCUCCAAUGUCUGAGCUGUCGCCUGCUGAAGCGGACAGAGAACGCGAUAUGGAGCGUUUGAUUCAGGCUGUGCUCUGUCACCAUCCGCUGUCCAGCGUCCAGACGCCAAUCUGCGAGUGUCCCGUCUGCCAGAAGCUCCUGUCGUCUGCUGUGGGUUUGGCAUCUCACCUGUGCAAGUCACAUGUCAGCAGGCUUGCUCUCCCAUUGGCUGGUUCUACGGGCCCCGCACAGCAGCAUUAUGGUCUACAGCAGUUUUGCGGCAUCUGUAGCGUCACUGAAUGUGUGUUUCAGGAGCGCAGUUUUGCCUGUAAGGUGUGCGGGAAGGUUUUUAAGAGGUCUUCGACUCUUUCCACGCACCUGCUCAUCCACUCGGACACGCGGCCGUUUCCCUGUCCAUACUGCGGCAAGAGAUUCCACCAGAAAUCUGACAUGAAGAAACACACCUUUAUACACACAGGUGAGAAGCCGCACGUGUGUGUGGUGUGCGGUAAAGCGUUCAGUCAGAGCUCCAAUCUGAUCACACACAGCAGAAAACACAGCAACUACCAGCCGUUCAGCUGCUCGCACUGCUCCCUAAGCUUCCAGAGGAGACUGGAGCUGCAGCGCCACCUGCAGGACACUCACAGCUCGCUCUACCACUGCUCCUGA